AUGGAGAUUGAUCCUCUAUAUCGUGGUGCGGUGGUAACUGCUUCUCUGCUGGUAUUCGUCCCCUUUCGCAAGCCUCUAUCCAUUAACCAAACACUGGCACUGGCUCCGGAAUUGAGUCAGGCAACGAAGUUCGACCUUCUUAGGGCGGGGGUGAAGUUUGCCAUCAAUUUCCCAAUCAUUCGGUUCGAGUUUUUCACCGGUAAUUUCCAUGCAUUAAAGCUUCUCCACGCGUACCUGCGUUUCUUCGACGGUUCCUUAGGCAUCUUCGGGGCCCUGGCGUACCUCGUCGCGGGCGUUGCAGCCAAGUCCAAGAAGGAUGUUGCUCUUAUGGCCACUGCUGCGGAUGUGACAGCAGCGAUAACCAGGUGGGCUCUCAAGUACGGCGAUAAAUGGGCCGAGAACAAGAUCAAAGAGUCGCAGCCACCGGAUAAGCAGGGCUACAAGGCGCCAUAG